AUGAACAUAAGGGGAGGAAAUUGGGAUUCACCUCUCGAACACAACGGGACUCGACUGAACGCCUGCGGUCUGGCCACGUACUGCUCGUGGCUGGGGUUUGCGACGACUAUAGGUGGCUGUACGGGCAUGAACAGGGGCUCUCCUCGGCUCAGGGCUUCUGUCCGUGGUGGCUCGAACGACGGCGGGACGAACCACAUAAAUAAUAAAGGGAGGAAAAAGAAAAAAAUAAAAAUAAAUUACCUCAGGCAACCAUUUAUCAUUCUCUGCAUCAGCCAUAACGAUGUUAAGCCAAUCAGAGUUCCUCUUUUCAACCUCCAUCACAAAACCCAGCAAAGAAUUACAGAGUCCACACUUUGGAGAGUAAAACUCAAUGACCGUAGCACCUUUCCCGCUCGCUAG